CCCCCGGGCCUUAGUUUGGGGACCCCUGCUCUGGCUGAAGGGGAACUAUUUUAUUUAUUAUUUAUUUAUUUACAGCAUUUAUAUUCCGGCCUUCUUUCUCACCCUGAAGGGGACUCAGGGCGGAUCACAUUACACAUGUAGGCAAACAUUCAAUGCCUUUUAACAUAGAACAAAGACAAGACAAACAUAGGCUCCGAGCGGGCCUCGAACUCAUGACCUCCUGGUCAGAGUGAUUCAUUGCAGCUGGUUGCAGCUGGCUUGCUCUCCAGCCUGCGCCACAGCCCUUCCAAAAGUAACUAGACCUCCCAAAGUAACUAGAGCACCAGGCCUGGGCCAACUUGGACUUCACCUCCCACCAUUCCUAACAACCGAAGUCCAAAACACCUGGAGGGAGGGCCCAAGUUGGCCCAGGCCUGAUCUAGACCUUCUUAAGGGUCCAGCAGGUGCAGAUCCCAGGCCGCAAAGGACAAGCCCAGAGGAAUAAGAGUGAAGUGUUGUCAAAGGUGUUGUUGAAGGCUUUCAUGGCCAGGGUUGUUGUAUGUUUUCCGGGCUGUAUGGCCAUGUUCUAUCUAGAAGUAUUCUCUCCUGACCUUUCGCCCACAAAAUGUAUGCAUGGUGUUCUUGCCAUACAUCAAGGGAACCACUGACCGCAUAGGCAAACUGAUGAAGAAACACAACCUACAAACCAUCUACAGACCCACAAAGAAAAUCCAACAAAUGCUACGGUCAGCGAAGGACAAGGCAGAAGAAGACAUCUCGUGUGAGGGCAAGGAAGGACAGGCCAGACAGAAGGGGGAACCCAGCCUGGGAAUGGCACCCCAAAAUGGCUGUUUUGUGCUUGAUGUCAUUGUAAGUCUCCCCCAUUUUGCUCCUUUUAAGGAACCCGAAAGUGGAGCCGGUUCAGAUGAAGACAAAGGGUCCAUUGAGGCUCUCCUUGUAUCUCUUCAUUCCAGAUUCAAGGCUGUGAACCAAUUCAAAGACCCUGCAGCCAGGGAACUUCUCGAAGCCAUGCCGGUGCCAGCUGAAGCUUUUGCCCGUCUCUUGCAAGAAAAGGAGCAACGGCAAGCAUCCCAUGAGACAGAAGUGGCCCGUCUCAAGGCUGAGAUUCAGCGGCUGCAGCAGGAGAUCCAGGAGGAAGCCCAAACGCUCCUGGAAGUGGCCCGGCUCAGGGCUGAGAAUCAACAGCUUCGGCAAAAGCUCAAAGACGCCCGGAGAAGCCAGGGGCCAGGAUACUUAACUUCGAUGUUUCCAUGGUCUAAAACAGAUUUCCAUAUCCAGGUCCGUGUCACCGCGAAGACUGGUGGCUGUGAAAAGCAGUUCUUAAAGAAGGUCUCUGACCACCUUUCUGAUCAUCGUAUCAACCUCAAGGUGGAGAAGUACCGAGAGGGCUCCGGCCACUUCCUGGUGGUCUUCUGCCCGGUGCUGUCCCGGGUGGGCACCGACAUGGACAACGCUCUUGAGGGUCUCCAAGGUGAGCCGAAGGCUGUCUUGGUGAUGCUGCAUCACAAACCGAAGGAAUCCAACUACUUUGUGAGCACCAAGUGGCAGGCACAACACCCGGCCGUGGUGCGCACCGUUCACGCUCGCUACACCAUCCACGAAGGCUUCUACGCUUGCCCGAUGAAUGAGGAGGCCGUGGCCAUUGUGGCCGAAGUCCUUGAAGACCACUGCAAAGGGGGGGGGGAGAGACCCCGCAAUCCCUGGCGCUCCGUCCAAGUCUCAGAAUCUGUAGUUUUUUCUGGACGCGGCUAGCUGCCAGGCAUCUCAUUAUUGGGAGGAAGAGGACAUAAAGGAUAAGGAUGUUGUUGACUAUUAUCUAUAUAUAUAAAAGAGUGAUGGAAUCCUGGCGACCAACAAAACAACAAAACUAAACAUCCCACAACCUCGAAAAUUGACAGCACAACCCCUCAUCCACGCCUCUAGGUUGAUACAACAAAAAGAAAAUAAAAAUAAAGUCCUAAUUAGACAGAGAGGAAUAAUUGCUUUUAUCCAAUUGCUGCCGGUUAGAAGGCUAAGCUCCACCCACUUGGUCUCCUAGCAACCCACUCAGCCCAAGGGACAGGCAGAGUUAGGCCUCACUUAGGCCUCUUCCACACUGCCUAUAAAAUACAGAUUAUCUAAUUUUAACUGGAUUAUAUGGCAGUAUAGACUCAAGGCUCUUUCACACAGCACACAAUCCAAGCAUUCACAACACAUGGACAACGUAUAAAUACUAUAUAAUACUACACAGGGACAUAGACCCCCUCUACCCUCACCACUUUCACAGUACACAAACAACCAAAUGCAUACUAAACAUAAAGACAACCAUACAACAGACAUUCAAUACCACCACUACCUCAACAAUUUCUCACCAACACCACCAGACAACGCCACAGCAACGCGCGGCCGGGCACAGCUAGUAUUAUCCUAAAAUUAUUAUUUUACGCUGGGCUCUCUUUACCCACAGAUUCCACGAUCUAUGGCUUGGAAUAUUUCCAGUAAAAACAAAACUUUGGUUUUUACUACUAAAUAUACAGUAGUUUGGUACUCAGCGAAGCAGGGGAUCCAGUAGGCGCAGAGUCCAGCCAGCAAAGGACAAACUCAGGGGAGUAAUAAUGGAUGGUGAUGAUGCUAAAAAGGAACCAUACUAAUCACAUCAAGACAAAGUAAUACAACUUGGGAAACUUUC